UAAAAACUUCCGAACCACGGCAGUAGAAAAAUCAGCAAGAUCUUCACUCAAAGUUUUCAAAACUUCCGGACCUUCCCUCAGAAACUUUCAGAAAUAUAUCUUUUGGCGGCACCCAGUAGGUUCCCAAUGUCGAGAUGAUAAUGCAGAUGUUAAACACUCAUUCAUUAAACUAAUUUUUCAAAUAACACGAACAACAGGUGAUUAAUGGAUAACAAACUAGAGGACAAUAUUGACAUAUUUACUUAAUUAGGAAAUAGUGGAAUAAAUUUGAAGGUUUACUCGCGCUUUUAAGUUAAAUAGUCGCCGAUGACCGAUAGCAAACAGAAAAAAUGAAGAAAAUUAAAGGGAAGCUAACGAGAAUUUUCCAGUACAGUGAGGCGCUUUUAGCCGUUUUGUUCUGCUGUAUUUUAUCAGCUGAGUCCAAAAUUUGGCUGCAUCCAGACACAGGCCUCAAUUUGUAUCAAUUUCUGGACAAACACGGAUAUGGAUUCUAUGAAAACCACACUGUGGUCACUGAGGAUGACUAUGUGCUGUCCCUGCUUCGCAUCCCGCGAGGAAAGAACGAAAGUGGCAGGACAAACGCCCCGAAACCAGUAGCGCUUUUAGUGCAUGGCAUUCUGAGCACUCCGAAGGAUCUGCUAGUCAAAGGAGACGACUCAAUCGGAUUUUCAUUGGCCGAAGCUGGAUUUGAUGUGUUUCUGAUGUCGUGCAGAGGAAACAGAUACAGCUUGGCCCACAGGAAGUUUAGUAUUGAUUCCCUACCUUACUGGAAUUUCAGCUGGCACGAAGUGGCCUACUAUGACAUUCCAGCCAACAUGGACUAUAUAGCCAAACUAACAGGACAGUCCAAUGUUUCCUUCCUUGGCCACUCGCAAGGUGGAACGGCCUUUGUGGUGCUUGCGGCCACCCGGCCGGAAUACCGAGCCCGAAUAACUAGCGCUCAACUAUUUGCGCCCGUGGUUUACAUGGACCGAUGCAGAAUACCGUUCUUUCGCAUGGCUGUGGAGAUUCAGGAGCAGAUUGAGGAUAUUUUCCGGGAUUUGCAACUCAACAAGGUGGUGCUCCCUUACAAUCCGGCCCUGUUGCCUUUGGUGAUCAGACUGUGCCAUCGGGAUUCGCCCUAUCUGAAUCUGUGCGUGUCUCUCACUGGGAUUCUGGGACCUGAUCCUGAGCAGAUUGAUGUGUCAAAAAUUACUGUGCUAGCCACGGAAUAUCCUGCUGGAGGUUCCUUUAAGGCCGUAAUGCACUAUCUUCAAGUGGCCAAGACCGGAAUUUUCCGACAGUACAACUACCGGACCAGAAACGCAAAAAUGUACAAUCAGCCAAACCCGCCAAUGUAUAACUUAAGCGCCAUCAACGACGUCCCGGUAUAUGUUUGGUAUGGAAUGAACGACUACUUUUGCGGACCUUCGGACUUUAAGCGGCUCAUUUCCGAAAUCCCCAGCGCCAUUGGUAAGCAGGUGGCUUACCCCAGAUGGAACCACAUCGACUUUAUUUACGCCAGAAACGCUUCUGACAUUGUCUACAAAGAAACGAUUCGAAUAAUGAAAAAAUACACAAAAAUUCAUCCGUAAAUCCCAAUUUGUUAAUCCUUUUUAAAUAUGCGCUGAAUGCAGGAAACAAUGGAAAUGUUGAUCAAUGGCUCAAGGGUGACCGUCAAAUCUUUAAUUGUUUGCUAUAGACCGUGGCACCAUUGAACCCAUUAGAGAAAUAUACGUUUUUUUUUUAUUAAAGAUGAGGUUUAGGUUC